AUGCCGCCCAAACCCUCCGUUCGCGGAGAGUACAUCGAGACCGAAACGGGCAACAAGAUCUCCCGCCGCGCCUCCAUCCUCGGGCCCAAACACAUCAUCCUCGCCGGCAAAUGCGUCAUUCAAUCCGACGUCGUCAUCCACGGCGACCUGGUGCGACCAGCGCAGGCCACCACUCCGUCGGCUAGCAGCAACGCACACCAACGCACCGCCUCCACCGCCGACCCCUCCAAAGCAGAUCCCUCUUCUAAACCCCCGGCCGCAGCACCCGAGAACCAAACCUCGGUGCACCUUGGCCGCCACGUCUACCUCUCCCCCGGCGUCGUGCUACACCCGCCCUCGCGCCUCAGCACGGUCACGACCCCCAACGGGCCCGCGCAAAUGACCGUCUACUACCCUUUACGUAUUGAUUCGCACGUCUUCGUCGGGACGGGCAGCGUGGUGCGCGCGGCGGAGAUACGGUCGCAUGUGCAUAUUGGUGCGAAUGUCGUGGUGGGGAAUAUGGUGGUCAUCAAAGAAGGCGUGCGGGUGUUGGAUGGGAGUGUGCUACCGGCGAACAGUGUGUGGGCUUCGGGGGCGGUGGUGGGUGGCAGGCCUGCGAGGGUCGUGGGGAGUGUGGGUGAGGGGUGGGGAUGGGGUGGUGAGGCGACGGCGACGAGCGCGGGAGGCAAGGGCGGGCCGGGGGGUUUAGGAGGAGGGGAGGUCGAGGCUAGUGUGGGUCCGAGGGUGAGGGAGCGCUGGGCGGGCGUGAGUAACAAGAAGGUGUGA